AUGGAAUUAAUGCGGGCUGUCUGUUUUUCUGAAGCCUACGUUAUUGGAGUCUUUAUACUCUCAGGAAAUUGAAAAAAAGGAAUUAUUGUUAGCUAUUGAUUUAUAGAAAUUGUACUAGAAAAACGUAAUAAAACUUACAAGAAAUGAAGUUAAUUAAAUUAUCCAUCUGAUCAUCUCUAGGUAGAUUUAUUCAUCAGAGUAAGAUUGGAGCUUCAAACCGGACAUGUCAUAUCACUUAAAAUUUAUUAUGAUAAAAAUUCAGAAAUGGAUACAAAUUCCUUCAAAAUUGUUUUUUUUUUUGUUCAUUCACCGAUCAACACGAUUUAACAAAAGUUUCGAUUAGCGCAAAAAAUAAUUUUGAAAGCUUUCGGAGUAUAUUUUCUGACUUACACUAGUAGUAAAUGCAGUAUGCAAUUAUAAAAAGAAGCGAGAAGGGGCCUUUUACAGUUAUUUUUUUAUAUGGAGUUGUGAUUUGAAACAGAACUCGAAAUUAACUUUUGAGAACAAGAUUUCUUUCAGGCCCUCAUUGAAGAAGGAUUCGAUCCCGCCACCUACCAAUUCUCCCUUGGCGCCGAAUCACCUGCAGCCGCUAACUCUCAGCCGAAAAAGGCACCGGAAACCCAACAGCCGGUUUCUCCAAAAAAUGAUCUUGGUAGGCCGUCAAUCUGAAGAAGAUCUAUUGCUUUUCAUUACUUUUAUCGUUAUUUGUUUGAUUUGAUUUUUUCGUCGUUCUUUCCGUGUUCGAUUUUUCACCUAUGACAGUUCAGUUGAAAAAAAUGACAAUGUGGCAAGCGCGACGGGAGAAAUCGACACGAAGGAAUCGUCUGCACCUCCCGCGGAAGUCUCGUCGACUGGUCAACAGCAGCCAUCCGCUGCGCCUUCGGUUGCUGCCAACCAGAGAAAGUCGGAAUCGCCGGCGCCCGUAGCGACGCCGACAGAGAAGCCGGCGGCAGAAGACGUCGAAAUGCUGGAAGAUCCGCUGGACUCGAAGGACGUCAGCAAGGAGGCCAUCAACGUUGGCGGAGACGAGGCGGCCAGCUCGACAAGCACCACGGCGCCACCACCAGCCUCUUCGGCGACGACGACGUCUGCCUCCGCCAAGGUCACCAUGCCUUCAAUCGCCGCCGGCGAGGACUCCGACUCUCGCUCGCUCUGGAUCCGAGGCAUUUCGAAGGCGACCAGCGCCGCCGCUCUCAAGGUUUGCUGCUGACCUCCGCCAUGGCCUUUGUCCUUUUGGUGUGGCCUCGCUUGUCGAGUCUGCAGGCGUCUCCCAGGUCCUUCUACGAAGGCCUAGAGACCCUCAGAAUGUUUUUGAAAUGAAAUUUUGGGCCGUUUUGAGAAAAAACGCAUAUAACUUCUUCUCUACGGUAGCCCAGUCUACAUCUCCCACGACUUUUCAACGUUCUUUGAAGGCUUAGUAUUGCUCUGAACACUUUUUUUUGAAACGAAAACUUGACGUCUUUCACAAAAAAAAAUAUUUCUCAUCUCAAUCCGACGUCCAGUCGACAGGAUUUUCUGGUUGAUUUUUAGGGUGCAAAACAUUUUUUGAUACCAGAAAAUAUGGCACCAAAAUCAGUUCAAUUCCGAACUCACUCUUCUAGAAGACUGCAAAUAUUUAACGACCAAAAGUCUGAAAUAAUCGACUCAGUCUUUUUCUUCACAGUCUGACGGGCUAAAGGGGGCUUCAGAACGCGUUUUUGUAAAAGAAAAAUUAUUUAUUUUACGAGCAAAUUUGUAUUUCAAUUCGUCUCUGCACUCGACCAGUGUACAUGAAUUCCUUUAUUUUUAUUGGGGGCUCAGAAUUCUGAGCACAUGUUUUGAUACGACCAAAUGUGACACCAAAAAAUGAUCACAAAAAGAGAUUCGUGUGUAACUUCAACUCUGAGCUCCCUCGGCGAGAAGAUCGCAAAGAUAUGGCUCCCGGAAAAAUGGCGAUGCUCGACUCAGCCUUUUUCUUCACGAUGUGGAAGAUCCAACGACCUUUCUGUGCAGAUUUGAGAUUAUUAGAAAAAUUAAGAAGACCAGAGACCAACAGGCACAUUUUUACACACGACAUGCAUUGCUGCAUCUGCAAAUCUUCUUUUAGACGAUGUGCCUGAAGUUCGGAAAAGUGGUCCGAGCAAAAAUCUUCACUUCCCGGUCGAAAAAGACGACCGACGACCCGACCUGCUUUGGAUUUGUGACCUUUGUCGAUGAAGAAAUGGCCAACAAAUGCUUGAAUGAACUCAACGGCACUGAACUCAAUGGCAAAACGCUCAAUGUUGAAAAGGUUUAUAUCGAUCAUCUUAGUGGCUUCCUCGAGCUUGUGUUUUUUUUUAAUUUUCAGAAAAAAAACCGUUUUCUUUUUGUUUAGGCUAAUGAAUCGUCCAUCAUGUCGGCUAAGGGGAAAACUGGAAACGCGGCCAGUAGCUCCGCAGAAACUGUCAAGAAACCAGAAGAGAAAAAGCCCGUCGACACGGUGCGCAAGGAUAAGGAUAAGCCCAAAGAAAAAGUCGUCGCCAAGCCAAAAGUCGAGGAGAAGAAAAAACCCAAGGAACGGAUCAGCGUGAGGAAGGAGAGCUCUCACAGCUCCCACAGGACGACCAUUCGACAUGGUAUGCUUCAUCGCUUUUUUCAAAGGCGAUUUGUAAAAUGUACUUGAAAAUCGGUUUUGAGAAGUUGGUAAGGGAUAGCAACGACUUUAUAAUUUGGGAAAUAUUGUUUUCAGUUGUAUAACUUACGUAAUAAACGAGGCUUAUAACUUAUCUAACUCUGUUUUUUUCUUGAGGGGAGCGAACCAGAAUGAAGAAAGUAAUACUAAUAUCUUGUAUUCAUCGAAAAGUUAUCUAGAGGCAAAAAAAACCAUAGAAAUUACUAUGAUUGCGGGCGGAGUAUUGAAAAGGAAAGGUUCAGGACGUGAGCCUGACCGUCGGCCGAUCUCCAGCCGACCUCCGCCGCCCCGUCGGACGAUCCCGCCGCGUCUUCCCAGCCGCCCUCUCAUCUCCAGCCGACCGCCCGUUCAUUCACGGAUCCACGAACGCGUCUCACGUCCUGUCGACCUGAUGUCCCGUCCCAUCGACCGUCUUCCGGUGUCGUCGUUGCGUCGUCCUGCUGUCGAAUCUUGGGGUCGCCCUCUCGACUACGAAGAUCUGCUCCGCAAGAAAGAGGAGGAGCAUCGGAAGAGGGAGCAGGAGCUGGAGCUCGAACGCGAGAAGGAGCGCAUCCGAUUUGAACGCGAGAAGCUCGAGCGGGAGAAGCUCGAGAUGCAGCUUAAGUUGGCCCUUCACGAGCAGCAGCAGCAGCAGCGUCGUGAGCUCGAGAGCAGCACGACGACCACGUCGAGGUUGAACUUCCGGACUGCCGUUUUUUUCCAACUAUUUUUUUUUGUUGUGUUAGAGGAAAUUGACGUUCUCUCUUCUCAAAGGCUCAUUUUACUAGAAAAUGUGGUUUUCUGAUACUUCGUCCAAAGAAAAGGGAAAUUUAGCGGGGUCGUCUUAUUUUGUUCCAUCCAGGUUAGAAAAAAACAGCUUUUUUUAGACUUUUUUCUAAAUUCUAUUAAACUUGAUUUAAAAAAAGAUGGAAAUUUUAAUUAUUCUAAAAAUAAAAAUGUAGAAACGUAUCAAUUUGGAGGGGAAGUAGGUAAAAUGAAGGAAAAGGUCCCCUUCGUAUUUUCGUUCGCGUUGAUCAAUAUCUGUCAAAAUCAAUAUUGAGAAGAUGGCUCUCCAAGAGUUCAGUGAUUAUGCCGCUUAUUUAUUCGAAGUUAAAAAAAGAAUAAUUUUCCGGAACGAGUAAAUUUCUAGGAGCUACGCACCGACAGGCCGAGAUCGUGAAAGAGACUCGCGCAGCGCAAGGACUGCCGAUUCUCGACGUCCGGCGGACUCUAGGGACAGAGAUCGCGACCGCAAUCGCGUCGUAGCCAAGACCCACGCGACGCACGCUGAGAAGGACCGUCGGCCGCUGAAACGGUCCCGUUCGCCUCAUCAUCGCCCUUCGGGCGCCACUUCGCGGCCUCCGGCUACUGAGACUUCUGGUGAGUUGGGGAAAACGGAAUCAAGUGGAGAAUGCAAUAAGUUUUGGCGGCCAUAAUAUGCUACUAGAUUUUUGAAAAAAAGGAAGAAGUGAAUAACGGUAAAAUUUCAGCUUUAUUCGAAACGUCUUUUUUUUUGCGAACGACUAGAAGUUUCAAAAAAAGUAAUUUUCUAGCCUGUUUGAGAAAUUGGACUCUUGAGCAAGAUAAGAUCGAAAAAGACAAAAAUUUUUUUAGAAAAUGCAGUUAAAAAAAUAUUAGAGAUGGAAGUUGAUAUUUUCGACCACAAGUUGUCGAACUUUGUUAAUCUAAAAGUUUUUACAUUAUGCAAACGAGAAGUAGUCUAAAAACUGAAAUAGGGGAUUUUUUUUGGACGUGACUACAGCUUUCUGGUUUCGGCUACUUUUGCGAAGAAAUCAGGCGGAAUAAAUACUUUUCUGUUGAGUUUUCUGGUUAGUUGGCUCUCGACAACCAUUGUAAUCGCGGAAACGAAAAGUAAAAAAAAGAAGUUACGUUUAGAACUUUAAGCUUUGGUAAUUACGUAUCAUGUGCUUUAGAUAUGAACUAAUUUUAGAUUGAAAUAUUCCGUUUUUUGUUUCCCGCACUUCUCUGAAGCUGAAAAAAAAGUGUUUCUAAUCGUUCUUAAUGAGAAUCGGGCACUUGUGUACUUUUCUGAAAAGAUUUCUAAUUGGCCCUUAAUUGAUCACUCAGCCAUUUAGAGUUCUGGAAAUCCUCUUUUUUUUUUUGGGAUGAAAAUCCUCUUUUUUUUGGGAUGGAAAGAACUCUGAAGUUUAGAAUUUCAGGGUAAGAUGAAACUUUCAAGUUUUUGUUUCAUGUCUGGAACGGGAAAAGUUUGAAAAAAAUCUCAAUGAGAUGAAAAUUUCAAGUUAGGGGCUUUUUGAACCUUUUUUAAAUGAAAACUGAGGGAAAAAAAUCAAGUCAAGUUUUUUUUUUUCAGAGAGACACCGUCCUCGUCGUGCUGAAACGUAUUCGCAGGGAAUUUCAAGCUCUUCUAGAUCUGCUCAUACCGAUCAUUCGACCUUCUCCAACAAGGAUUCGUAUUCGUCGAAGUAUCUUAUCAUUUCUUGAUUUCUGUUCAAAAAAGAGUGCUUGAAAAUAUCAACUUUUGACAAGGAAAAAUUUCUCAAUUCACGAAGAGAAAAAUUGCUUUUUUGAAUUAUUUUGCGCUGGAAAAACGUACAGCUAAAUAAGAAAAUAAUAUAAGUUUGUUCCAAAAUCAUAGUGAUCCCGGAGGAAUAGAGAUGACCUUCAUAUAAUGAAAAAGAGAACAAAAAUUUCAAAAAAAGUCAUAGGUGAUAUUCAAUUUUUUUGGAGUUCUAAACGGGAAUUUCUCGAUCAAAAACUCAUUAUAAUGUUUUUCAUUCGAAAUUUUAAUGAGUUUCUUUGGAAAACUCAGUUGACUCAUUGACGGAUGUAAACGUAUUUUCUAUGGGUUUAUUCUUUUUAGAAGAGAAGAUAUGAGGUCUUCGAACGGAGUCGUCGGCUACGGCAGCAGCAGCGUCGGAUCCGUCGAUUAUUACAAUUCCUCGUCGACUUCUUCGCGCAAUCCGUACACUUCAUCGUCUGCUCGUAAGCUUCCUUCUUGGUUCCAUCAUUUCCUAAAGUAGCGGUCAAACGACUCCAAAUCCCACUAUUCUGCUACAACUUGCGAUUAUCAGCAUCCAUUCUCACCUGACUAUAAGCAUGUUUUAUACAGCUUUUCAAUAAAUAGCCUAAAACUAAAAAAAGGUCCAAUAGGCCUUUCCCUUGGUGCCUUACCGGUUUUGUCGUUUUUUUUUUUUUGCACUCUGACCAUAUUAAUGCAGUUUCAACCGUUUCUUUUUUCUUGUAUAUAUAUUUUGGAGAAAAAUUUUUUCUCCGUCAAAUUGACGGACCUCUCAAGUAUACUGAUAAUUUACGUCAUUCACACAAUUGAAUCAUUUUUGAGUUUUGCGAAGUUCAAGAUUCAUUUUGUAGCUCGCUCGGACUACGGACAGACGUCGUCGUCGUCGACGCGGCUGGGCAGCAGCGUCGGAGCGGGACUCACGGAUUGGGCGAUGCCGCAGAGCGGGGCCUCGACUAGCGCCUACACCAACGUCGCUUCGAACUGGAACGGCAGUGUUGGAGGCAGCAGUGGCCUGCCCGGGUCCGCGCAGUGGAAUUUUUGGUUUGUUAAUGAUUAUAAUGUAUUCACAGAUCAGUGUGACCCUUGUGAUGUCACUUUCCUUCAAAAAGGAUAUGAGGAAAGUUAAAAUAAAUUGAGUCUUGGAGGAAGAGACAUGACAAACUCCUUCAAAGACAAAAUAAUGAGUAUCACUUUUAUUGACCUGGUGUGAAGGCUGAACUGAAAUUUGAAGUCUUUUUUUUCAAUAUAUAAUCCAUCUUUCUGAGCUGAAAAUGGUUAAUUUUUAGCUGCAGAGUAGUAUAGAAACCAGUUCAAAUGUCUUGAAAGUCUUAGAAUAUCUUUCUGUUUCUCCGUCAUCUUAUGAUUUCAGCUUUCAAGCUCCAUUACACGUUCAAAAGUUUGAAAAAAUUUUUUAAAUGUAAAUGCCGCUAAUCGCUGUUUCAAGCCGACAAAAAUCUCAAAAACGAAAAAAAAAAAAAUGAAUUAUGAACCAAGUUCAAAAUUGAUUCAUUUUAGGCGCCGCUAAUCCGUGUUAUUUCUUGCAGCUGA